UUUUGUUUUGCACUUUGUUUGUCAAUUCCGUGACAGAUCGGGGACACAGCAAUUUAGUUUCAGAUAGGGAAAAGUUAAUCAAGAUUUGAUUUUGUGAAUUUUCUUGGUUCUGGGUACAAGUUAAAAACUGAAGAAAAGGGAUUUGAUCGCAAUUCAUGGAGAAUUCGAGUAAAAAUAACGGGGAAGAGACAAGGAAUCAGACAAUUACUUCCACUUCUUCAACAACAUCCUCCGAUGAUUACCGUUUGUUUGGUCGUCAAGGUUCUCUUCACCAGUUUCUGGGUGGUGGUAAAGCGGCUGAUAUACUCUUGUGGGAGCAGUGGAGUGUUUCCGUCGGUGUCAUUGUUGUUGCUACUGUUGCUUGGCUCAUCUUUGAGCGGUCUGGAUUACCAUUCUUAUCAAUAUGUUCAGAUGUUUUGCUGAUAUUAAUUGUAGUAUUGUUUUUCCGUUCCAACUAUGCUGCUUACAGAGAUGGACAACCACAAACAUUACCAGAACUUGAACUGUCAGAGGAAAUGGUUACCAAUGCUGCAGCAUCGUUUCGCGUUAAAAUCAACAAUGUGCUUCUUAUGGCUCAUGAGAUAACUCUUGUCAAAGAUUUUCGGAUUAUUUUCAAGGUUGUGAUAUGUCUGUGGCUCCUGUCUACCAUUGGUAGCUAUUGUUCUUUCUUCACACUUGCCUCUAUAGGAACCAUCCUAUCGGUAACUCUUCCUGCUGUCUACAGUAAAUAUGAAGAGCAGGUGGAUAAAUACUGUGGAAUGAUCCAACGAAAGUUCUCACAACAGUAUAAAAUUGUGGAUGAUAGUGUGACAAACAGAAUACCCCGCAGUUUAUCGAAAGAUAAAGACAUCUAAUUCUCACAAUUUAUAUAGAGGUUAUGAAUAAACGUACUUUAAUCUUGGAGUUUGACCUCUGAUGCAAAGUCGUCGUUAUCUUGCUUCAACCUUCAAUGAAAGAUGAUUCUUGUUACCUGUUAUGUUAGCUACAUGUUUCACCGUCAAUUGGGUUGCAAUAUCUGCGAAAUGCUUCUUCCUAGUUAGAGUGGGAAACGGAUCUCUGCACCCAUGCUAUUCCUGGACUUCUGCAAAACACAUUUCUUGUCACCGAUUAUCGAAGAGCAUGUAUGUUCUGCUCGGAGCU